AUGCCUGCGAUGAACCCCUCAGCUGGCGACAGCGACCUAACCGAGAAGGCGGCUUCCACCCUCGAUGGAGGAGAAACGUCGCUGCGUCGCAACGCGCCCGCCCUCCGUUUGCCGAAGAUGACCAAGGUCAAUCGAGACCAGGAUGAUUCUGGAGAGGACUCAGACGACGAGUACGCGCGCUUCAGAGCCAACUCAGGACCCACGACGCCUAACAUCUCCGAAACCGCUGCACAGCUACGACGCAACCUCAGCAUCUCUGGCCUGCAAGACCUUGCGCACACGCCGCGAAGCGAAAUCCGAAAGUCGGCCGUCAGCAAGGUAUGGCGACCGCAAGACGAGGUGGCUCGUAUGCCAAGCGAUUGGGAGCGGCUGGUCGUCCAUGUGAUCAGAGGCGGUCUCCGAGCUGGUAAUCUAGCCUUUGCGCUGAGGGCCACGCUCAUGUUUGUGCUCGAGCUCGUCAAGUCGCUGCGUACCCGAAAGUUCAACAAGAACUCGUUCGGCAUUGCCCUUUUCGGACCGCGCAACUUCCGCUUCGCAGCCUUGUUCGCCAUUUGGGCGUCGCUCUACAAGGCGGUGCACAACUCACUGCGCUUGCUGACACCGCCGCCAGUCAAGAAGCCGCGAUCGCGUUCCUCCUCCGCCAUGUUCACCAUCGAAAAGGGAGAUGGCAACACUUCGCCAGACGAGAACCGCAGCGGAACAUCUACACCUCGUUCAGGCCGAGCCGCCUUGGAAGGCAAGUCGGAUGAGGAGAAAGCCAAAGUCAAGGCCAAGCAGAAGCAGCGCGCCUUCAUGCCAGACCCGCGCUCCAAGAUCUGGCACGCGUACGUCGCCGGUGCCAUCUCGGCCUUGGCUGUCUUGGUGGAGACGGCCGACAACCGCAUCUCAUUGGCCCAGCAGCUGUUUGUGCGGGGCUUGGAGGGCCAGUACAACGUCGCUCACGAGCGAGGCCUGAUCAACAUUCCCUACGGCGCUGUCAUCACCUUCGGUCUUGCAUGUGGUCAGAUCAUGUGGGCAUGGCUCGAGGCGCCCGAGUCGCUCGAUAAAGGCUACAGGCGAUGGAUCACCAACGCUUCUCAGGUCGCGCCUCGUGUGACCGACGUCUACCGGGAGAUCCGACACGAAGGCAAAGCCGAUGCUGACUUUGUCCUGCAGAAGUGGUUCCCUGGUGGCAAGGUCCCUGAGCCUAUCUCGACGAGUCCGCUCCGCUACCCUGACGUGGCACCCAACGCCUUCAACCGCCGCGGUAUCAAGGGCAAGAACGUGCGCAAGAUUGUCGAGUGGAUGGAUUCGACACGCAAAGGCAACCCGGGCGACAUCAUCGAUUGCUCACUCGUCCACCCAUGGGAGACGAGUCACUGGCGCAGUCCCAUCGAUCGAUUCAUGGAGGUGACUCGCUGGAUCCUGCCCGUCUACCUGACGCUUCACUUUGUCCCAGCGAUCUUCUUGCGACCAGGCAAGUUCCUAAAGGACCCACUCGGCGCCACGAUCCGUUCGCUCCGUGGCUCGUUCCGCUCGUCGUCGUUCCUGGGUGUGUUCGUCAUCAUCUUCCAGACGCAGUUCUGCGCGCAGCACUCGCUGUACCAGUUUAUCCAGCGAAGGGAGUCGCUCAACAAGAACGUGCCGACGUGGUUCAAGCAGAUGCUCAUCAGCUCGUGGCUCAAGUGGUUCGCCGGCUUCACCACGUGUCUGUCGCUGUUUGUCGACGACUCGAGGCGCCGAGCCGAGCUUGCUGCCUACGUGCUGCCCAAGGGUAUGGAAAGUGCCUGGUCGGUGCUCAGGCAGAAGUCAUAUGUUCCGUUCGUGCCCGGCGGCGACCUGUUGCUCACCUCGGCGGGUAUGUCGCUGGUGAUGGGCACCUACGCUCAGAAUCCGGAACACCUCUCGGGUCUUGUUCGUCGCAUCGUCUACCAGUUUGUCGGCCGCAACUAG